UGGUGGUCAGCUUCAGCCGCGGAUCGCAUCGGAGAUAAUGUCGGCCGCGCGCGAGCGUUCGCCCGUUUCUGUAUGAUCAGUUGACAUUUGACUUCAGAACGGUUCGGUCGAGAUUUUGGAAAUUCGAACUAGUUUUGCGCGCUUAUGUUCUGCGUUGCUCGCGGGUGAUCUUCAACUGCAGUCCGUUCUGGUGCUCGUCCGCGUACCAUUCUAAUCGUUCGGGCAGAGGGCCGUUCAUUGUGUGACAAUUGAGUGCAUGCUAAAUCAAACCACAUAGUGGCGUAAAUCACAGUGAAAAGGCGAUCAAAGGAACGUGAAUGUGUGAUGCGAAUUGUAUGCUGCUGUGCGAAGAGGACCGAAACUGAUUGAUUUGAUUUUUGGAGUUCCUGAAAUUCAAAUUCUAUUGUGAAAAGCCUUGAACUGAUUGAUUGUUGGGGAUUUGCGUCAUAAAGAUGAACGCUGAAGCAUCUUUAACGUUAUUAUUCGCAAUACUCAUAGCGGAAGUCAUUGGAAGUUCAGUACUUGUCGCGGAUUUCAGAAUGACACGAAUGGUUGAGCUUAGCAGUCGACCGCCGUACUGCAAGAUUCAUUCCGAUCGAGGCGACAUACAACGGAUGCUGCUGGCCUUCGAUGCGAAGAAGGUGCGACAGGUGCCACGUGAAUCAGUGAUAGCCCUCGAGGAAGUGUGCAACGAGGCUAGUGGAAUUUCGGGCGAAUUGCAGGGCGGGCUCGGAUUCAUCUAUCCGGGGACCAAGUGGUGCGGACCAGGAAGUAUCGCGGCCAACCACUCGGACGUUGGCAGAUACGCUGACGAGGACCGGUGCUGCCGCGAGCACGAUAUGUGUCCGAACAUUCUGCUGCCAGGAGAGUGCCGGCGAGGGCUUUGUAACCGUGGUGCCUUCACAAGAUCACACUGCGACUGUGAUGCAAGAUUUAGAAGAUGUUUACAAAACAUCAAUACCGAAACCGCCAACACUUUAGGAGCCGUUUUCUUCAACGUGAUACAGGUGACCUGUUUCACUGAGAGGCGACCAUGUUCAAUUUGGCAGAGCGCUGGGAACCACCUGGUGGAGUCUUGUUCGUUGCAGUUUGCCCCUUCCGAUUACUAUGUGCCACCUUAUCUUCAGCCAGGCUAUUACUAUCAGAGAAACUCGGUCAAGCGAUCAUUUGACAAAAGUUUCUACGAGAACGUUAACAGACAGCAACUGAAGAAGGAAUCGUUGAACUUGAUCUCGAGAAGCUUUGUAAAAGACGUCGUCAUACGGCCGAUAAAUGGCUUUAUCAAGUACUAUCUCACUGCCAAGUCCGUCGUCUAUGGUUGAGGUCAACAGUCGAUUCGAUACGUUUACGAACCCGCAAGUAGUAAACUCAUCCGUUUUGAGUUUUAGCAGCUGUUGAGCAUCAUUGGGUUGACUUCUCAAUCAGCAUUGCCAUCAGAGAUUUGAUUUUGAUGAUUAUCGUAUUAUUAUUUUACAAUCAAUCAGUAUUAUGUAUGUAAUUAACAACAGGGUCAUCAAUAUGACCCUUCUGAGGUCAGGCAUCUCACAGUAAUGCUCCCAUAUUCAUUAUCUCGAAAUCAAAGAAUUAUCACUUUUUUGUAUGUUUUUUUUUUCUGGUUAACAUGCGUGCUAAUACAAGCAAUCUAAAGUAAACAUGCUGAAAAAAUCGUAAAUUAAAUUGCUUUAUAUCUGUAUGAUACCUAUCUAUACAUGAAUAAUUUGUUUUAGAAACUUCAUAUGUAACAUUUUUAUCCUAAAUGAGAAGAAGAUGAUAAAGAAUAUGGGAAGUACGGGAUGAAAACUAAAAUAGCUACCCUGUAACGCAUUUAAUGAGUAAAAAGUUUCUGUGAUUGAUUCCACUGCCGCAUAAUCUGCUGUCACUCGGAUAUAUUUAAAUAUGAAAAUUGUUCCUUACAUUUUUAUUCUACAUUACACGACCAGAUCAAAUUAAGAACAUCGUUUUCUUCUUCAUUUAUGUAUACUUAUAAUACAAAAGGUCGAACAAAAUUCUGUAUCUUGUGAAUAAUAUAUGCAACACGCUUCUGAGGAAAAUUUAGUUCAUAACCUAUUUCAAAGGUUUCUGGACACUCAAUUAUAAGAAAACCAAUUCCCUAAAUGUAAUUUUGCCGAGAACUAGAAUGUUUCCCAGAAUGAAAAAAUCCCAGAACAAAUAUUAGUAGCAUGUUUAGUUGCAUUCAAGUGUUGAUUCGAGUGCCCAAUAUGCGAUAUGUAAGUGUAUGUGGUUUUUUAUAUUGCGACUGGCCAAUAUUUUGGAAGAAAUAUUAUUUUCGAAAAAUGUUAUUUCAAUUUGGGGACUGUACAAUCCCAAAGAUCCUAAUAUGAUAAUCAGGAAAUUGAAUUUGGCCUAAUGUCCAUUAUGUCUAGCGUGCAAUAUGUCCAAUGUCCGUUAUGCCUGACGUACAUUAUGCCUAUCGUACGUUAUGCCUGACGUAUUUAUGUCCAACGUACUUUUUUUUCGACCCUUUCAGGCCCACGGGGUCAUAUAUGACCCCAACAGAAAAAGGGAUGUAUAAGAUCGCGCGAUAGAUAAAAGUGUCUUCAGCAAAGUUGCUUGAAAUCUACUCCUCUAUUAGGCAAAAAUAUCAGGCAUAGGCGAUCAAGGCCUUACGGCAACCUAGAACGUCAUAAACAUGGCGAAGCUAUGAAAAACAAAAUAUUUGGUAUAUUGGCAGCGGAUUGUACUGUUUCAAAAUAAGAUUUUUAUUCAAACGUAUCCGCAAAGCUACCGCAAUAUACAAUAAACUAUUUUUAAUCUUCCGUGGACGUCCUAGGCCAUCCAAACUGUCCUUGAGCUCAGGAGAUGAAAUCUACUGCUGCAAAAAAGCUGUUUUUUCGUUACUCAAAGUUCAUUUGAGUAUUUCACCUUGUUCAUUACAUCUUAUAUAAAGUGAGAAAUAUACCGCAAGGUAGAUCUGGGGUAUUCUGGGAUAUCCAAACUGUUCUUGAGUUCGGAACUUGAAACCUACAGCUUCAAAAAAAUCGUUUUUCAGUACUGAAAGCUUCAAUAUGCAUUCAAUUACAUCCAUUAUACCUCCUGGGAUGUCAACAGAUAUUGUAAGAUCGUUCUGAGAUAUCUCGGGUCAUCAAAACUGUCUUUGAGUUCUGGACUUAAGAUCUACAGCUGCAAGAAUUUUUUUUCGGUACUCAAAGCUUCGAUAUGCAUUCAAUUACAUCCAUUACACCUCCUGGGAGGUCAACAAAUAUCGUAAGACCGUUCUGGGAUAUUUAGGGUUAUCCAAACUGUCCUUGAACUCGGGACUUGAGAUGUACAACUGAUGAGAAGCUAUUUAACCCAAAUCUUCGAUAUGCAUUCAAUUAUACCAAUUACAUCUCCUGGGUGGCCAACAGAUAUCGUAAGGUAGUUUUGAGAUAUUCUGGGUCAUCCCAACUAUUCUUGAGUUUUGGUCUUAAGAUAUAGAUCUGCAAGAAAACCUUUUAGUGCUCAUAGCUUCAAUAUGCAUUCAAUUAUAUCCAUUUCACCUCCUGGGAGGUUUAACAAAUAUCGUAAGAUAGUUUUGAGAUAUUCUACAGAUGCUAAAGUAGCUCUCUCGUCACUCAAAAUUUCUAAAUAUAUUCAACCAUGAGUAUUACAUAUCCUGGAAAGACAACAGGCACCGUAAGACAGUUUUAGAAUUUUUUAGGUCAUCCAAACCGUCUUUUAGCAAAGAAUCUACUAUCUUAGGCCUUCAAAGUAGCGUUUCUUGUCACUCAAUGUCAAAAAAUAUGUUCAAACCUGUUCAUCACAUCUAUUAGAAGGUAGAAAAUACCGCUAAAUUUUCCUGGGAAUCCAAACUGUUCUUGAGUUAGUGACCUGCGAUCAACAGUUGACAGUAGCUUUGCUCCUUACACAAAAUAAGUGUAACAUAUAUCGCCAGCUAUCGCAAGAUAGAUCGCAGGCUCUGAGCUUAAGCACGGUUUGGAUAACCCAAGAUAUUCCAAAACCAUCUUACCGUGCCUCCUGGUCUUCUGGAAUAUGUUAUGGAUAUAGUCGAAUACAUAUCCAAGCUUCUAGUGAGGAAGAAAGCCACGACACUGGCUGUAGAUCGCAAGUUCUGAACACAAGAACGAUUUGGGUGACCCAGGAUAUCCCAAAAUCAUCUGACCAUGUCUCUUGAUCUUCACGACUAUAUUAUUAACAUAGUCCCAUACACAUUCGAGCUUGGUAUGACGAAAAAACAAGCAUGGUAACUGUAGAUCGCAUGUUCUGGACUCAAGGACGAUUUGAAAGAUCCCAAAAAUUAUUUUUUAACUUGUUUGGUCAAUUCUCCAUUAUUAAUAACGAAAACCAAUGGAUCAUAUCAAAUUUACUAAGAAAUGCCGUUUAGAAAAAUUAGGGCCUGAAAGGGUAAGUGAUUUUUCAGCUAACGUACUUAUGCGUAACGUCACGCACCCAUUUAUUUUACAGAGUUCGACCUUUUGUCCUUUUAACUUUUAUCCUUCGACCUUUUGUCAUGGGUCAUAUAAUGUAGUUUGGAUUGCGUUAGAUCCUUUAAAAUAAUGAAUGAGAUAUUUUAGUCUAUUAGUGGAAUUCUAGUCUGUAGGUAAGUAAACGUAAUUAAGUUUAAAUAUAAAAAGAGCAUAAUAAAAUAAAAUAUUACUUACGUUAUUAUAAUUCACUUCAUGAAUAAGUUUACAGAACCAGCUAUAGGGACGCUCUGUCAAUAAAACAAUCCAUCCAACCAGUAUUUCAAACACUUGCAAUUUUUUUAUAUGAAGUGAAAAUUAUCCUAACCUUAAUAGAAAUACAGGGGUUAGACAAAAAAGUUGAGAUAGGCAAAUUUUGUUCGAAAUUCAAAUCAUCAUUUCUUUGCUUAGAAUAAUCGGCUGGGUUCGAUUCCCGGUGCCGGUCUAGGCAAUUUUCGGAUUGGAAAUUGUCUCGAUUUCCCUGGCCAUAAAAGUAUCAUCGUCCUAGCCUCAUGAUAUACGAAUGCACAAAUGGUAACUUGGCUUAGAAACCUCACAGUUAAUAAUUGGUGAAGUGCUUAAUGAACACUAAGCUGCGAGGCGGCUCUGUCCCAGUGUGGGGAUGUAAUGCCAAUAAGAAGAAGAAGAAGUCAUAUUCAAACUGACAGCCCCGAACGAUUUAAAUCACUUCUGUUAUUCUACAUUCUACACAUUUACUUACAUCUAUUAAAUGUCUGAGUAAAAUUUGUGUUACCGUCUUCUUUUUCCUCAUGGAAGUUUUACUCGGUUACACGUGCUUUUUCCAGUGAUUUUUCAAGAGCACGAGUUGGGAGAACCAAAGCGCGUAUAUGGGUGAAACUUUGCUUACAUAUUCUUAGCAAUCGAUUCAAGUUUCAACACUGUACGACAAUUAUUACGUCUGAUUUGGGCGAAAAGUUUUUCUGAGAAAAAAAAAAAUGCGAAUUUGAAAUUCAUUAAUUGUAUAAUCACCUUAAGGACAAACUUUUCGGAAUCCAAUUUUAUACCUCGCGUUUUCAAGGGCACCACUUUUAAUACUGAAGCAAAGAGCAACUGUCAUCUUUUUAGUUUACGCUUGCUGCGACGCUGCAAAGCUAAAAUAAGAAAAUGACAGUUAUUUGUUGCUUUUUUGUUGAGAUUGGUGCCUUUGAAAAUACGAGGUAAAAUUUUUUUGGAUUCUGAACAGUUUCACCUUAAAGUUCCACCCGAUAGUCCUCUGAAUUUUCACGGGAAAUUUUCUUUAGUUUUCACAGAAAACUCUUUUGAAUUUCGACGAAAGUUCAGAAUGUCUAUUUAUUUUGUUUUCCACGAAAAACUCUCAUACCUUCUGUUUGCGAAAUAACACGCUGCAAUACCGUAAUACCGUAAUACCGUAAUACGAAACGAUUGCAUACAGUGUGGUAUCUACCAUAAUCUGUAUAGUAUGGCGAAUCAUUGCACCAUCUAUUUUAUGGUGAUUCGUAUGGUGAAUAGCUUUCCUCCUAGCGCUAUGCAACCUUCGAAGCAAGCAUUAACAUUGUUGUUUUUGUUGUUACUGAUUCACCACAAAGUAGGGUUACUGCUCCUGGACUUCACCUCAUAGCUUCGAUUUUCAUCCCAAGAAAAACAAAGCAAUGAAAAAGAAUUUGAUUUGUUUCUUAUUUUUGUGAUUUUUUCCAGCAGUGAGCACGCAUGUUAGCAAAAAGAAGCAACGUAAUUGAUGCUGUAUUUAUUUGCUUCGCGAUGGGAUGAAUAUAUGUUCAGUGAGAUGAAAAACGGAACAGUACCCCUAUAACAAUAUUUUGAAUUAUUUAUUGUUUGACUAUUUAUUAGUCGUGCUGAAGAAGAAUAAUGACGGUUUACCAAAAAUGUACAGGAUAGUAUGGAUAAGUUUUCAAAAUGUUUCAAAAAAUCUAAACGAAAUUUGUUGUACAAAAAAUGGGAGAAAACGCCUUCCAAUUUGAUGUUUUAUCCACAUCCACAGCUAUUUUUGUAAUAUUGAUAAUAUAAUACUUUUUAACGGUUAUUUGCAAUUUUUAAAAUAAGCUACCGAACAGUUCAACCAUUCCUUCCAGGCUUUUAUAACAAUACAAGACAGACACUAACUAAUCUUUCACAUUGAAAGCAAUUUAGGUAUCUGGUAUUAAUUUGGUAUCAAGAUAAGGAGCACAUAUGAGUCGGGUUCAACGAGUCAGUUGCAGAUGAACUGUGCUCCCGCUGGAAAUACCGUCCCAGUGAGAAAUACAUUCCCAUCAUGCAGCAAAAAUCACACAAUGGAUAAUUCAUAUCAUGAAAAUGGUGCAAACUGUUGUUUUAGGACAAGCAUCGAUUUUUUUUCUUCCCAGGAAUGAUUCGAAUUUGGUCAUACAACAUAUGAUUUAACAUAUGUCAAGCGAAUAUGACAUGUGAAACAAUUUGCAAAACUAUACUAUGUAAGUUUAUGUGGAACGAAAUAGCAGAGAUUAUGGUAAAAAUUAUUAGCUGCGACAUAUAGUUACUGGAAUCUUUAGUAAAUUUAGGAUUUUUUUUUGUCUUUAUUAAGGAGACUUUCAGCCCUAGGCUGGCUCGUCUCCGAUGAAUUUAGGAUUCCACAUUCCACUAUCUGUUUUACAUAAUGUAUUUUCGAUUAUGCGAGGUGACAUAUUAGGGGUCUAGCACCAAUUCGAAUAGCGACGCCCGGACUAGCGACAUUUUUUUUUACUUCCGAUACUUUUUGUAACAUUUGAAAAGGGUCUGAUGAUAAACUUAUGACAACGUAAAGAUUUGCAAAAAAGAUUUCGAAUAUUUUAUCAAACAAUAGACAAGUAUUUUAGAGGUUUUUAUAAUUCUGGGAUGAUAUAAAUAAGAAAAAACAAUGAAGUUUGCUCAGUACUCAUCGAGUUGUACUGUAAUGUGACAUAAAAAUCAAUUUGGUUUUCAUUCCAUUGCUAGUUUUACAACGCUGAUUGUUUGGAUUUAUGCUGAAUGCAUAAUAAUACAAUUCACAUCACUUAAGGAUAGAAUGCUAUAACAAACGACUAAAAUGGACUAAACCACACACAUCAAGAUUAGUUUAUUUGUCGUAUGUGUGGAAAGAUUAAAGUAGUUUGAUAAAUUGAAAAAAAAACUACAGUUUUGUAUAUUUAUGUAUAUGUACUUUAAAAAAUAAAUAAUCAUCAAAGAAUUUAUAAAAAAUAUUAU